AUGACGGAUAUGCCUAUUGAUCCAUGGCACCUGAUCCCACCUCUGACGGAUAUGUCUAUUGAUCCAUGGCACCUGAUCCCACCUCUUACAGAUAUGUCUAUUGAUCCAUGGCACCUGAUCCUACCUCUGACGGAUAUACCUAUUGAUCCAUGGCGCCUGAUCCCACCUCUGACGGAUAUACCUAUUGAUCCAUGGCACCUGAUCCCACCUCUGACGGAUAUACCUAUUGAUCCAUGGCACCUGAUCCCACCUCUGACGGAUAUGCCUAUUGAUUCAUGGCACCUGAUCCCACCUCUGACGGAUAUGUCUAUUGAUCCAUGGCACCUGAUCCCACCUCUGACGGAUAUACCUAUUGAUCCAUGGCACCUGAUCCCACCUCUGACGGAUAUACCUAUUGAUCCAUGGCACCUGAUCCCACCUCUGACGGAUAUACCUAUUGAUCCAUGGCACCUGAUCCCACCUCUGACGGGUAUGCGUAUUGAUCCAUGGCGCCUGAUCCCACCUCUGACGGAUAUACCUAUUGAUCCAUGGCACCUGAUCCCACCUCUGACGGAUAUACCUAUUGAUCCAUGGCACCUGAUCCCACCUCUGACGGAUAUACCUAUUGAUCCAUGGCACUUGAUCCCACCUCUGACGGAUAUACCUAUUGAUCCAUGGCACCUGAGCCCACCUCUGACGGGUAUGCGUAUUGAUCCAUGGCGCCUGAUCCCACCUCUGACGGAUAUACCUAUUGAUCCAUGGCACCUGAUCCCACCUCUGACGGAUAUACCUAUUGAUCCAUGGCACCUGAUCCCACCUCUGACGGAUAUACCUAUUGAUCCAUGGCACCUGAUCCCAUCUGAUAUAAGUAUUGAUCCAUGGCGCCUGAUCCCACCUCUAACGGAUAUACCUAUUGAUCCAUGGCACCUGAUCCCACCUCUGACGGAUAUGCCUAUUGAUCCAUGGCACCUGAUCCCACCUCUGACGGAUAUGCGUAUUGAUCCAUGGCACCUGAUCCCAUUCUUAUAUAGGCACCAGAUCCCACCUCUGACGGAUAUGCCUAUUGAUCCAUGGCACCUGAUCCCACCUCUGACGGAUAUGCCUAUUGAUCCGUGGCACCUGAUCCCACCUGUUACGGAUAUGCCUAUUGAUCCGUGGCACCAGAUCCCACCUCUGACGUUUUCAGACGUCUGUGAUUGCUCUGUUUACAAUUUAUUUGUUUUAUUGGAAUAA